CUAGAGCGACACAAUCACAUUUAGCGCCGGGGAAACUAAAUCUCCACCCUAAGCAACUUUUAUCUCGGCUGCAAGUGGGACACAACUUCUGCUACAACUUUUUAAAGCCGCUGCAACUUCUCACGUGCCCAACUUAGCGAUAAUGUUCAGGGUCGGGUUCCUGUUGCGCUGGAUGGCGGCGCUGCUCUGCGCCAGGAAUGCUCUGGGCUCCGCGAUGGAGGAAGAGCUGGUGGCUCCUGUCAGGCUGGAGGCUGUUACCGCCCAAGCGGAAUCUGGGGAGGAAAAGAUCCGCUAUCACCUCAAUGUGUUUGGGGAGAGUCUGACUCUGGAGCUGGAGCCGGAUCCCAGUUUUCUUGCAUCGGACUUCAGCCUCCAGUACGUGGGUUUCCCCGCGGAGCGAACAGGAGGAGCCGCUGCCGAACCUCUGGCUGAGCUGCGCAAAUGCUUCUACUCGGGCACAGUCAACGGGGACUCCUCCUCCAGCGCCGCGCUCAGCCUGUGCUCUGGGCUCCGCGGAGCCUUUUUCUACCGCGGGGAAGAGUAUUUGAUCCAACCCAGCAACCACACGCUGACAGUGGCCGACCCCAAGUCCCCCGACCCACUAGUGCUCCAUCUGGUCCGCAGGCGCAGCCGUGCCAAGGCAAAGUGUGGGGUGACUGACCCUGUGGAACAACCUGUGAAAUCAGAGGAUACCCCCACCCAGAGGACCAUGCCACCCACAGGAUCAGGCAGUACGAGGAAGAAGAGGUUCGUGUCCAGCCCCCGUUAUGUGGAGACCAUGCUGGUGGCCGACCAGUCCAUGGCUGAAUUUCACGGGAGCAGCCUGAAACAUUACCUCCUCACCCUCAUGUCUGUGGCUGCCAAGCUCUACAAGCAUCCCAGCAUCCGGAAUUCUAUCAGCCUCGUGGUGGUGAAGAUCCUGGUUAUCUACGAUGAAGAGAAGGGACCCGAUGUGUCUUCUAAUGCCGCCUUGACUCUCAGGAACUUCUGCAGCUGGCAAAAACAACACAACCCCCCCAGCGACCGGCACGCGGAGCAUUACGACACUGCAAUCCUCUUCACCAGACAGGAUUUGUGCGGUGCUCAGACUUGUGAUACCCUUGGGAUGGCUGACGUUGGAACAAUCUGUGACCCAACUCGGAGCUGCUCUAUCAUCGAGGAUGACGGCUUGCAGGCAGCAUUUACGACGUCCCAUGAAUUAGGGCAUGUCUUUAAUAUGCCGCACGAUGAAGCAAAGCAGUGUUCCGGUCUCAACGGGGCCAACCAAGACUCUCACAUGAUGGCCUCCAUGCUCUCCAACCUGGAUAGAUAUGAACCGUGGUCUCCCUGCAGCGCUUACAUGAUAACAUCUUUCUUGGACAACGGCCACGGAGAGUGUUUGCUGGAUAAACCCCACAGACCCAUCCAGCUCCCCUCAGAUCUCCCUGGAACGUUAUACGAUGCCAACAAACAGUGCCAAUUUACAUUUGGAGACGAGUCCAGACAUUGUCCAGAUGCAGCCAGCACGUGUACGACCCUGUGGUGCACCGGAGUCUCAGGAGGCCUGCUUGUGUGCCAAACCAAACAUUUUCCUUGGGCAGAUGGAACCAGUUGCGGAGAAGGAAAGUGGUGCAUUAAUGGAAAGUGCAUGGAUCAGACCGACAAGAAGCAUUACGAGACUCCUGUUCAUGGAGGCUGGGGCACUUGGGGCCAAUGGGGAGAAUGCUCAAGAACAUGUGAUGGUGGAGUUCAAUACUCGAUACGAGAGUGUGAUAACCCAGUCCCAAAGAAUGGUGGGAAAUACUGCGAAGGCAAGAGGGUGCAGUAUCAGUCAUGCAACAUCCAGGACUGCCCUGAAAAUAAUGGAAAAACCUACAGAGAAGAGCAGUGUGAAGCACACAAUGAUUUGUCGAAGUCACCCUUUGGCAGCGGACCUGCAGUCGAAUGGACCCCAAAAUAUGCAGGGGUGUCGCCUAAAGAUCGAUGCAAACUCAUGUGCCGCGCCAAAGGCACUGGAUAUUUCUUUGUUCUCAAUCCUAAGGUGGUUGAUGGAACCCCAUGCAGCCCAGAUUCGACCUCAAUGUGUAUCCAAGGGCAAUGCGUAAAGGCAGGCUGCGAUCGGGUCAUUGGUUCCAGCAAGAAAUUUGACAAAUGUGGGGUCUGUGGUGGAAAUGGAUCAACUUGCAAGAAGGUUUCGGGCAACUUCGUUAUCUCACGACCUGGUUACCAAGAUGUUGUUACGAUUCCCACGGGUGCCACCAACAUUGAAGUAAAACAGAGGAAUAACCGGGGAUCAAGGCAUGACGGUAGUUUCCUGGCUAUCAAAGCAGCUGACGGCACUUAUAUUCUCAAUGGUGAUUAUACUUUGUCAACUCUGGAACAGGACAUCACUCACAAUGGCAAUGUCCUUCGAUACAGUGGAUCUUCUGCUUCGUUAGAAAGAAUUCGUAGCUUUAGCCCACUCAAGGAACCCAUAACCAUACAGGUCCUCACCGUGGGAGACUCACAUCGGCUGAAAAUCAAAUAUGUUUACUUCGUCAAGAAAACGGGACAGCCGGAAAAGCCUAAUAAAAAGAAAGAGUCCUUCAAUGCAAUCAGGGAGACUAUACUUUCCGAAUGGGUCAUCGAAGAAUGGGGAGAGUGUUCCAAAACGUGCGGAUUAGGAUGGCAGAGAAGAAAAGUAGAAUGCAAAGAUAUCAAUGGACAACCGUCAAUGGACUGCGCCAAUGAACUCAAACCAGAUGACAUCCGACCAUGUGCCGACACGCCUUGUCCCCAGUGGCAAUUGGGAGACUGGUCUUCCUGUUCUAAAACAUGCGGGAAAGGUUUCAAAAAGAGACUUUUAAAGUGUGUUUCUUACGACGGCGUUAAUAUGCCCCAGGAGAACUGUGACUCUCUAAAAAAACCUAAACAUUUGAUAGACUUUUGUACCCUUGCCAACUGCAGUUAGACAGCGUUCCCUCCAACCCAGAAAACUGAUUGGUUCUUUUAGAAAAAGCCAAGCGCUGUAGGCAUGGUGCGUGGCGGAUGUUGCAUGUGUUGGCUGAGGAGUUGUGUGAAGUAAGCAACACUAACGUCUGCUGGUGACUAAAGCACAGAUUUGGUUCUAGAACAAAGGCAAAGUAACAUCACUGCCUCCUUCAUGGACCAUUAGAAGCUCCUUAUAUAGAAGACUGUUACUCGUUAAGGAAGCUAAAAAGACAGACACACAAAGGUCAGGCUAGGUAUUAACACACCUCUGGCAUUUCCUACCAAUGUAACAUGCAGUAUUGUUUUUUAAUAUGAGGAACAGACAUAUGUUGUUAUGUUUAACUUGUUUUUGGUCAGAGUCAACCUACCUCAGUUAGGAAGGUCAAAAACAGAAGUGAAAAAAAAAGGAGCUUCAGCAUAGAUAUUUAUGGCUGCUAUUGUAUUACAAUAUAUUUUUAUAGAGAAAUAAAGCCAUAUUCUCAUUUAUACAAUUUAGGCAAGACAGGUUGGGCCAGGUGUUCUUCUUUAUAAGAUGACCCAUCUUGGAGAGGUUGGAAAUGGUCUUAAUAUGUUUUCUAAUGGGGUGUAUAACAUAGGUAGGUCAUCGUUAGGUCAACCCAUAUCAUUAUGAUCUUCCUAACUGUGAUUAGAUGGAAUUAUAUGUUAGUUAUGAUCCUUUGGCUUCUCUUGAAGCUUUGUCCUCAAUCAUAUACAGUAUAUGGCAACGCUAUGGUAUCACUUAGUACUUUAAGACCAGCGUCAAUGUUGUCAAGACAGCUCAUCAUUGGCCGAGUUCUGUAGAAAUUACCUGGACUCUUCUAGGGGUAAGGAGAAGGUCCUUGCAUGAGGUCCUUCAAAGUACAGUGUAAUAAAUGUGGUUGAGCAAGUGCAAAAAGUUUAGAAGGGACAUCCCUUCCUUCUAGCACAACUAACUGCUAUCUUCUAUAGCCACCUCCCAUCCAGUCAAUGAUGGACUGUGUGUUGAUCUUUCCAACCUUCAUUUUUUGUGAUACACGUUCUAAGGGGGAGGGGGCCUAGGACAUGACAUAAAGUGCAAACCUUCAUUAGGCCAGUAUUGAAGAAGAGACACGUGUUUGAGCGUAAUGAUAUAUGUGUUCUAUAUUCCGAAUAUUGCUUGUAUGAUAUGGAAUGCAAUAUGGAUAUCACAAUAGGUAGACAGUCCUGGGGGAUAGCAGGUCCAUCCACCACUGUUACUCAACAUGUGCCGCGUGUCUAUGCCAGGUUGUAGACUGUUCGAGAAUAUGACUUUGCUCUGUAUAUAGGAAAUAUACUUUAUAAGUAUUCUUCUGUAUACCUUCUGUGAAGGCAUUCUUGAUAACAUAUAGUAAACCUUAUUUAUUUUUGUACAUUUGAUUGUAUUUUAAGUUAUCGCUAUUUUUUUUUUUUUCAAAAGGACAUAUAACGAAAAAUUAAAAGAGUAUUUAAGCAUUAUGUUACCGAAAAAUAAUAAAAGAACACAAUGAAAAUUCAAAA